AUGAUGCAGAGUAUGAGGGAGAAGGGUAUUAAACCUACCAAUAUAACAUACAACACAAUUCUGAAAGGAUUAUGUAAGGAAAUAAAUAUUGAUGAAGUUCUACAGUUCUUUGACCGCUUCGACUGGACCACCGUUGGGCCUGAUUUGAUUUCCUUCAAUGCAAUUUUGUCCAUUGCAUGUAAAGAGGGAAAUUCUUCAAUGAUAAGGAGGAUUUUGAACCGGAUGGAGUUUGAAGGAUUUAAGCUUGAUGUUAUAAGCUCAACAUGUCUGAUUCAGUAUUUCUGUGCAAUAGGGAAAAUCCCAGAAUGCUUAAAGCUUUUGAAUUCCAUGACAAAUGUUGACACCUAUGGUUGCUUCAUUUAUAGCCUUUGUAAAAAAGGCAAGAUAUCACUUGCUCUCCAGCUUCGAGACCAAUUAUUUGCUAAUGGAAUUACUCCUAAUAUUGUGAUUUACAAUACCAUAUUGGAGGCUAUGUUUAGGAGAAGAAAUUUUUGGGAAAUCAUCUCAUUAUUGAAACGGAUGGCAAUGGAUGGCUGUGAACCAAGUGCAUAUUCUUUGGAGAUUUUGAGACGAUCAAUGAGAAAAGGUUGGAUGAAAGGACUUCCAAGAGCCGCAAUUUUUUUAGAAAUGUCUGCAACAGGACCUGUUGGGACAGAACUCGUGCAGAGUUAUAGUAAUAUCAUUGAAGAACCUCUGGAAACGCUUUUGCUUGUGUGGACUUUCCUUCAGGAUUCAGAAGAAAUUUAUAUAUUAUCCUUCCUAAUUUUGCUGGGCAGAGCAGAUUCAGUAAUCCUUACGAUGAUCAAAUUUGGAGAAUGCAUGGAUAAUUUUGUACAAGGAAUCCAAGUGCAUGAAAUGGAAUUAUUAUGUGAAGGAGGAGAAAAUGGAAACACGGAACAAUCCCAUGCAAUUGCAGACGAAAUUAAUACCCCCGAGAAUGAGGGGAAUCUUGUUGGAAAUGGAAAAAUGGAUUCAGAAAGAUAUGGGAAUUCCGAUUCUAAUGGAGAACAAGAGAUGGAAGUCAAUGCCCGUUCCAGUGAGAUGAUAAUAAAUUCAGAAAAAGCAAGCGAAGCAGUACAAGAAAUGAUCCAACAACCCCAUUCGCAGCUGCCCAAGCCAGAAGCGCCGCCGGGGAUUAAUCUAUCGCCGAAGAUGGAAAGGUCAGUUUCGGCGCCGGAUGAUUUUGAUAUGCAGGCGAUAGGGAAAUUUAUUCGAGAAAAGAGAGAUAGCUUUUCUGCUGCCAUAACGAGGCGGUGGUCGUCGUUGAGAGAAGUAAGAAUCGACGAUGGAGACGAAGAGGCUAUAGUGAAGCCCGCGUCACAAGUUAUGGAAUUCGAUCUCGUAGGACCGAAAGUGAUCAAAUCACUGAAAGAAUCAGGUAAGGCAGAGCUGAAAGGAAGAAUUAGCUUUUUCUCGCGAUCGAAUUGCCGGGACUGUAAUGCAGUGAGAUCAUUUUUGCGCGAAAAGUAUCUGAAUUUUGUGGAGAUCAACAUCGACGUGUAUCCCACGAGAGAAAAGGAGUUAAUCGAAAGGACAGGAAGUGGAACAGUGCCACAGAUAUUUUUCAACGAAAAGCUGAUCGGAGGAUUGGUCGUAUUGAAUUCUUUGAGGAAUAGUGGGAUCUUGGAGAAGAAAAUGGAGGAAAUGCUGAAGAGUAAAUGUCCCGAUGAUGCGCCAGCGUCGCCAGUCUACGGCUUCGAUGAUCCGGAAGAGGAGGAGAGUUUAGAUGAGAUGGUGGCGAUCGUUAAGGUUUUGCGGCAGAGGCUGCCCUAUCAGGAUCGUCUGAUGAAGUUGAAGAUUGUCAAGAAUUGCUUCAACGGAGCUGAUCUUGUGGAGGUUCUAAUACACCACUUGGACUGCGGCAGGAAGAAGGCCAUUGAGAUUGGGAAGCAGCUGGCAAGAAAGCAUUUCAUUCAUCAUGUUUUUGGCGAAAAUGAAUUCGAGGAUGGAAACCACACCUAUCGAUUACUUGAGCACGAGCCUUUCAUUCCCAAAUGUCAUAAUUUCAGAGGAUCGGUAAAUGACAAUGAGCCUAAGAAUGCUGCUACUGUAAGUCAGAGGCUUGCCCGAAUAAUGUCGGCCAUACUCGAGUCCUAUGCCUCUGAUGACAGACGCCAUCUUGAUUUCGUCGGCAUCAGAAAUAGUGAAGAAUUACGGAGGUACAUAAAUUUAGUGCAGGAUCUCCAGAGAAUGAAUAUAUCGACACUUUCAGCGGAUGAGAAGUUGGCAUUCUUCUUAAACCUGCAUAACGCCAUGGCUAUUCACGCGGUCAUUAGAAUUGGUAAUCCUGGACGCAUGAUCGAUUGGAGGGCUUUCUUUGAUGAUUUCAUGUAUGUGGUUGGAGGAUACCCCUAUUCCAUGAGCACGAUAAGAAAUGGGAUUCUUCGAAGCAACAAAAGAGCACCUUUCUCAUUAACAAAACCUUUUAGUGGUGGAGAUAAGCGUCUGGAGUUGGUGUUUCCAAAAGUGAAUCUAUUAAUUCACUUUGGGCUCUACAAUGCGACAAGGUCGAGCCCCAUGGUGAGAUUCUUCACUGCUCAGGGUGUUGCAUCUGAAUUAAGACAUGCUGCAAGGGAAUUCUUCAAAAGGGAUGAUGGAAUGCACGUAGAUCUUGCCAAGAGGACCGUGCAUCUCUCUCGCGUUUUCAAGUGGUACAGUGCAGAUUUUGGGCAAGAAAAAGAAAUUCCUAAGUGGAUCAUAAAUUACUUGGAUGCAACCAAGGCAGGGAUAUUUUCACCAGUACCUGACCAUCGGAGGAGCAACGACUGGACUGAAGGGUGCGUCCGAUGGAGAAGUGGCUGA